AUGUUGUAUAAUACCAUUCCAGCCCAAGUGGCUUUGCAUGUUAGCACCAUUCCUUUGGGACACAAUGAUGAUGAGGAUUAUGCUAUAUGGUUGAAUUUCGGAAAUGGUCAUUUCACCAACAAAAGUGCAUGGCAAGUGGUCAGAGCUCAGAGAUCUCAGAACACAAGUUUAGCAAAAGUCUGGCACAACUCCAUACCUUUUAAAUUUUCUUUCAUGUGUUGGAGAAUUUACUUUGGCAAACUCCCUUUCCGAGAAGCAAUGAUCUGGUUGAGUAACAGAGAUGACAUAGACUGUCCUUGCCAUCCAACUCCUCAAAAUGAAUCAAUUCAACAUGUCUUUAUAGAAGGAGUUGCAACAAAUCAAUUAUGGAAUACUAUGGGGGAUCCUUUGGGAAUUUCUCAUAACCAUAUCCCUAUUAGAGUUGUUCUACAGAAAUGGUGGAGUGUUAAGCCGAAGAAUAGGGUGCAUAAGCUUCUGUUACAUUCUAUUCCAGUUAUUAUUUGCUGGGAAAUUUGGAAAUCUUGGACUGCUUGCAGUUAUGGAGACAGAACUAGUUUCUCUGAGCAUCACAUGAUUAAGCAGUGCAUUUGGAACAUCAAAGCUGUCAUUAAUGACUCCUUUCCCAGUAUUGAAAUUAAUGGCAACUGGAUUAAUAUAUGUGACAAAAUAGAGAGUUUGUGUCUUGUGAUUAAGUGCACUACAGUCUAUUGGAAAUCUCUGGCGAGGGAGAUGAUUAAAUUGAACACUGAUGGAAGUUUCAUUAGUACAAAUGGGAAAGCUGGUAUAGGAGGAGUUGUAAGCAAUGAACAAGGAGACUUCAUUAUGGGAUUUUCUAUUCCAGUUAACAGCUCUAGUAACAAUCAAGCUGAAAUGGAGGCUGCAAGCUUUGGAAGUAACUGGUGUAUUCAAAAUGGUUUCACCAAUAUCCAUAUUGAGUUGGAUUCCUUAUUGAUAACUGAGAUGUUGAUCAAGAAGGACACCAAGAAUAUGAAACUUAAGCAUAUGGUGAAAGCUACCUCAAACACAUUAAGAGGAGCUAAUGUCAUUUUCACUCACUGUUUCAGAGAAGCAAACCAGAUUGCUGAUUUUUUGGCAAAAAAGGCUGCAACAAGUGGUGACAGGGCCUUAUAUCUUUCUUAUCAGGAUCUCCCUAGAGAAGCAAAGGGCCUUCUUCAACUUGAUAAGUGGCAACUUCCUACGUUUAGGAGGAGGUUUGAAAAAUAUUUUAAGUUGGCCGAUGAAAAUGACAUCUAUCUCAUCGUGACAAGCAAGAAUCAAGAUAAGGUCAUUAUUGAAGCAACAAGGAUGUUAUUAUAG